AUGUUUACUGGCACGCAUAAUUUCCACAAUUUUACAGCUGGGAAAAAGCCUACCGAUGCCAGUGCAAAACGAUUCAUCAUUUCAUUUGAGUGUUCAGAACCAUUCCUUAUGUCAGAUGGAGAUAAGAAGAUAGAGGUACUUGUAGCCCGAGUUAAAGGACAGAGCUUCAUGCUGCACCAAAUUCGAAAGAUGAUCGGCUUGGCGAUUGCAGUAAUGCGAGGUUUUGUCAGCCCUGCGGCCAUUACUCGCGCAUUCGGGAACGAGCGUCUAGACGUACCCAUUGCUCCUGGUCUUGGAUUACUCCUCGAAGAGGUUCACUACGAGCGGUACAACAAAAAGUACGGUGGCGAUGGACAUCACGAAGCGCUGCUGUGGGAUGAUGUGAAUGACACAAUCAACUCUUUUAAAAAUGAGCAUAUUUACCCGAGAAUAGUCAAAACUGAGCUGGAGGAGAAAUCAAUGUUCAACUGGCUGGCCACCUUGCCAAUUCACACCUUUGAUGUUCGUACUCAUCAAAUCAUUAACAAAUCUGAUGCAAUUGACAAACCACUGGUUCGAGCACAUUUUAAUGCAACUCAAAAAACCAACGUCAAAGAAAACCCAGCUACAGAGGCAGAAGAAGAAGAAGCCACUAGUUCGGAAAAUGUUGCUGAAAAACGUCAAUCGCUGGAGAUUGAAGAUGUUGACAAAGCCGAAGACAAAGCCGAAAAAAGGAUUAAACUGGAUGUUUAA